CUUCCCCGCUGCUGGCCCGGUCUCUCCAGGCUUCUCUCCCUCCCGGGUUCUGGCUCCAGGCAGCAGAACUGGGUCUGGAGAAACCCUGCGGCCAGGCUCCCACAGGCCACCCGCUCCCCUCCUGUGGCCACCCCACAGGGGCACGCCUCCCGCAGCCCGCGAUCCGAGCUCUAGAGAGAGAACUUGAGGGCAAGAAUCUGACUUCCCUCUUCAUUAAAAUAAAUAAAUAAAUACAUAAAUACACAAAAUCCUUUCCCUGGGAAGCUCGGAAGCUCGGCAAGGAGUUUGGAGACGGGCGCCCCCUCAUCACGCGUCCAGGAGCAAAGUUGCAGGCGCCCCUCCCUGCCGGCCAUACCAGCAGGCUCUCCAGUUUCGUCCUGGUGGCAGCCGUGCGGGGCAGGGUCCCAGCUCCAUCUGGGGACUGCGCUUCCCGCAGCCUUGGCACAGGCUGGCGGCGCUCGGCGGCCCCGUGACUCGGAAGGGCGAGCCACUUCCAAGGAGGAGGUUGGAGGGAGCGAGCAGCAGGAGGACAAGCGAACCAAGCCAGGUUUUUGAGCCCGAUGACCUUUAUUCAGGGACCAAUUUCUCCAAGGUUCUGAGUACUCUUUUAGCUGUCAACAAAGCAACAGAAGAUCAGCUAUCAGAAAGACCAUGUGGACGGUCCUCUUCUCUUAGUGCUACCGCUACCAACAGUGCCCCACCAAACCCACAGGCAACAGUUCCCAGCACCACUCCAGCGCAGCAAAGUCAGGCAAAGGCAGUGGAAAUGACGGAAAAUGGAAGUCACCAGUUGAUAGUAAAGGCGAGAUUCAACUUCAGGCAGACGAAUGAAGACGAACUGUCAGUCUGUAAAGGCGACAUCAUUUAUGUCACUCGAGUUGAAGAAGGAGGCUGGUGGGAAGGCACGUUAAAUGGGAGAACAGGAUGGUUCCCUAGUAAUUAUGUCCGAGAAAUUAAACCCAGCGAGAGACCUCUGUCCCCUAAAGCUGUCAAAGGAUUUGACGCUGCUCCACUUACCAAGAAUUACUACACUGUGGUGUUACAGAACAUCUUGGAUACAGAAAAAGAAUAUGCCAAAGAACUUCAGUCGCUUCUGGUUACUUACCUAAGACCCUUGCAGUCUAAUAACAACCUUAGUACUGUGGAGUUUACAUGUUUAUUGGGAAACUUUGAAGAAGUAUGCGCCUUUCAACAGACGCUCUGCCAAGCCUUGGAAGAAUGUUCAAAGUUUCCAGAAAACCAGCACAAAGUAGGAGGCUGUCUGCUGAACCUCAUGCCUCAUUUUAAAUCGAUGUACCUGGCUUACUGUGCAAAUCAUCCUUCAGCGGUCAACGUGCUCACUCAGCACAGUGAUGAUCUAGAACGAUUCAUGGAAAAUCAAGGGGCAACCAGCCCAGGCGUCCUCAUUUUAACAACAAGCCUCAGCAAGCCGUUCAUGCGACUGGAGAAGUAUGUUACUCUCUUGCAAGAGCUGGAGCGACAUAUGGAGGACACUCACCCGGACCAUCAAGACAUUCUGAAAGCAAUCAUAGCAUUCAAAGCUCUCAUGGGGCAGUGCCAAGAUCUGAGAAAGAGAAAACAACUGGAAUUGCAGAUCCUUUCGGAACCUAUUCAGGCAUGGGAAGGAGAUGAUAUUAAGAGCCUGGGGAAUGUGAUCUUCAUGUCGCAGGUGAUGGUGCAGUACGGAACCUGUGAGGAAAAAGAGGAGCGAUAUUUUAUGCUGUUUUCAAAUGUCUUGAUAAUGUUGUCUGCAAGUCCUCGGAUGAGUGGCUUUAUCUAUCAGGGAAAAAUACCAGUAGCAGGGAUGGUGGUGAAUAGAUUAGAUGAAAUUGAAGGGAAUGACUGCACAUUUGAAAUCACAGGUAACAUGAUAGAGAGAACUGUGGUCUAUUGCAACAAUAGCCAGGAUUUCCAGGAAUGGCUGGAGCAGCUGAACAGACUGACCAGAGGACCAGCCUCUUGCAGCUCCUUGUCUAAGACCUCAUCCUCCUCCUGUAGCGCUCACUCUUCUUUUAGUUCUACUGGACAGCCCCGAGGACCCUUGGAGCCUCCUCAAAUUAUAAAACCGUGGAGUUUAAGUUGCCUACGACCUGCACCUCCACUUAGACCAUCAGCAGCACUAGGUUAUAAAGAGAGGAUGUCUUAUAUCUUAAAGGAGUCGAGUAAGAGCCCCAAGACAAUGAAGAAGUUUCUUCACAAAAGGAAGACAGAGAGAAAAGCCUCUGAGGAAGACUACGUGAUUAGGAAAAGUACGGCUGCUCUGGAAGAGGACGCUCAGAUUCUUAAGGUGAUUGAAGCCUACUGCACCAGCGCCAGUUUUCAACAAGGCACUCGGAAAGAUUCUGUCCCACAAGUGCUACUGCCUGAGGAAGAGAAACUCAUUAUUGAGGAAACCAGAAGUAACGGGCAGACCAUCAUCGAAGAAAAGAGCCUUGUUGAUACUGUGUAUGCCCUGAAGGAUGAGGUCAAAGAACUGAAGCAGGAGAAUAAGAGAAUGAAGCAAUGCCUGGAAGAAGAACUGAAGUCGAGGAAGGACCUAGAAAAACUGGUCCGGAAGCUGUUGAAGCAAACAGAUGAGUGCAUUCGAGCUGAAACCAGCAACAAGACCACAAUUCUCCCAUAACCAUCACUGUGCAGCUGAGCACUCGUUGAAAUGGCCAGCUGAAUGAUUUGACUGUGCCCUUCAGCUUGUGCUUUGUGUUAGUCUCUCUCUCUCUCUCUCUCUCUCUCUCUCUCUCUCUCUCU